GCACGCACCUAUCACAAACGUCACCGUUUGACGUUAGUGACGUUUUGGGAUCGCUCGCUCUCUCGCUCGUUCGCUCGCUCGGCCGUCCUCUCGCUUCUGCACGAGUGAAUGUUUCGAUUGGCAAAAAAAAAGAAAAACUCCGCCAGAGUGUGUAAACGGGGUAUGAAAAUUUCAGCCCGUGUACGCUGGAAAAACGGUGCAAUCAAUGGUGUAAAAUCGCCCAUUACCAUGCGAACGUGCGUGCUUUCUUCGGCUGGCGUGGCUAGCGAGACGGCGUGAACAGCCAGGGAGACGAACCAGCCAGAUCCGCCGAUCCCCCCCUAGUGCCCGUCCCAUCAGGCGGAGGAUGUGGUAGUAGCCUGUCCGGCCUGUGGCAAAAAGGGGGCACCGAAGGAAGAAAAAAAUCCCCCGAAGAAGCACUGCGACACAGCAGGGAAAAGCAACAUCACACGGGUGGCCAGGACCGUCGUGGCAGGGGGCGCAGGAAUCAGUGGUGUGGCGUUCAGGGUUGUUUUGAAACUGCAACAACAGCAAUGCAAACGACAUCAACAGCGUUAUCCAACGCACCACCACGGCCGAUACCAGCAGCAGCAGCAGCAGGAUGCAGCGAGGAGUAAUGUCAUCGUGGAGCUGUAACGCGAAGGAAAACUCGACAAAGCUUAUCUUUUGCACGCUGCACCGUGCUGCAGGGAGGGAAACGCAUUUCCAUCGUCUGUGCAGCGUAGCUUGCUACUAGUUUGGCGUGGCAGACCGUGGCUCGUGGGUGCAAAAGCGGUGCAAAAAGCCUGUGCAAAAGCAGUAAUAUUUGCAAACAUACUCCCUCUCCCCGGAUGUCUACAGUACUUUUAUCAAAGAUGAGUUUUUUCAGCUCCGGAGUCGGAUAAAUCGGGCGAGAAGCGCGCGCGGCCCUUCCAUCGUGUGGGAAGGGUCAGCCCCUAGAACAAAAAAAAAAACGACUGGACACUGUAUGCGAGGUGAUAGAAGAACUAUUUCUGGUGCCAACCAAGAACAUUCCUUGGAGAACAGUCAUUAUGGACAUUAGCGAACCACCGAGCUGUAUGGUUUAGAUGCAAGAGGUGUGAUGAAAAUCGUUCGCUAAUUUAGAAGGUGUUUGUGCGAAUUUGCGCGGUUUUUAUGAGUUCCAACGGUUGGUGACAUGGAAAAACAUUUAUCCGGUGUGGUCGUUUAGUGCAAAAUAUUGUCACAUUGCAACGCGGAACUACUUCAUUGCAGUCCCAACGGUAUCUCCGCGCUGUGGAUGGAUCUAUGGACUACAAAUAGGAUUUACUUGAAGCAAUACGGUUUACUGCAAUACACAGUAUUCAAAAACGUCAGUCGAUUAUUCUGCAUUGGUACGUAUAAAAACAAACAUACCCAGGGAUUUAAGGAAAAUGGUCUGUUUUGGGGUUCAACAUUAAGCUCCAAUAGCAUCUCUACACCAGCAAGGGGGCUUUGCAUUUACUGUGACAUUGCAAUGCAUCGCAGCUUCUUUUCACUCUAAUUAAUCGUAACUUUUGUAUUUUUGUUUUAGCAAUACUAUACAAGUAGCUUACACGCCACAUACAGUACAGUUUUUGCAGAAACAGCAUCGAAUAAGUCUUAGUUUUGGCGUUGUCUCGUACGUUUUGCACCACGGAAACUUAUCUCUGUGGUGCGCAUGUUUCCCUACAUUUAUCACCGAUGUUAUUGUAUUAAUGUUUUGAUAUCGAUCAAUUUGAAGGAAUGUCGUUGGAAUAAUUGAGUUUGAGUAGUGAACACUUUGUUGAUCUACAUUUUCGUGCAGAGAAAUUGUGUUUGUGUGUGCAUUUUAUUAUGCAUCAAUAUGCUUGGAAUAUAAUUGUGCCAAGUUAUAAAUAUUGUGGAAACUCGCUUAGUAUCGUUUUCAAACGUUCAACCAACUUCGUGUUUGUUUCAACCAGCUGAAGAGUCUGUUUGCAGAACAUUGAUUUUUUUACUUUCGAAUUUUGAUCGUAAUGUGGUUUAAUUUUAUUAUCUUUCCAAAAAUUCUAAAACGCCUCUUGAGGUAGCAUCCAACAGUAUAAAAUUCCCAAUAUAAAGAUUGAUUAACCUGUGCAAAAACAAAUUUUCAAAACGUUAUCAGUUGCAACUGGCUCGAUUGGCCGGGCUUCUCGCUGAAAGCGCACAGUGAGCUGUCAAACGACUAAAAAAGACAAACGAAAACAAUGUCCCACUUGGCACCUCAAGGGUUGAAGUUUUGCCCUACGGGUGGCUGGCAGCACUGGCGCACUUUCUUGACAGUUGGCGCUUGGGAUGAAAAAAGAAGCAAAAAAAAAGGAUGGAAAAUUAUAAUGGCGGCUGUGUCUCGCCGUACCAAAUUUUCGGAUUAAAACGCGUUUAAUUCGCACCGAAAUAGAAAUGGUCGCGUUCUCACCGUAUUAUUACUACAAAAAAGCUGAGUAACUGAGUGUGUGUCUGUGUGUGUGUGUAUGUCUGUGUGUGUGUGUGCGUGUAUACAUGUGUUGUGUACACCGAGCCCGAGGAGCGAUACCACGUGAAGCACGUGAAGAAAGACCACCGAAAGCCUGUGCACGAGGGAACGAUGCGUUCUUCUUCCUGCCCAGCAAACGACGAGCGAGUGAGGCAAACGGUGCGCCUAAUAAACGUAAACAGACAAACGGCAACCGAGUCAAACAAUCAUACACCUGUGCCGGUGUAAGCAGCCCCGCAGGAGAGGGCAGGCUGCCGCUGUAGUGUGUACUCCAAGAACGAACGAAGACAAAUCAACGUCGUCUCGGUCCGGGCCAAAAGGCAAGCGAGAUAAGCGACGUGCGGCAAACACAUUGCAGGACAUAUCGUGCGAAGAAGCUAAGAUAGAGAAAGCGAGAGAGAACGAUAGAUAUUACAGAUACAGAGUUUACAGCAAGAAACUUUGGCGAUCAGCGUCUUUACGUUCCAAGUCCUCGCUCGCCCGCGCGUGAUCCACCAGUGCGUGGGGUCACACUGGUGUGCGGUGUAGGUGGUGGUAAAGAAGUGUGCUGCGUGGUGCGGUGUACCAAGUGAGAGUAAGUGUGUGUGUGUGUGCCCGAUCGCGUGGUCCUUCUGGUAGGGCCGAUUUUGCUAACUUAUAUGUGCAAGUGUCACGGUGCAGCGGGAAGAAGUCGCGGCGGAGGUAAUGGUAAUCGUGCUGACGUGCGUGCGCCCAUACGAUUCCACUGUUUGCCCUUGUAUGUAAGCGCAACGGGACAGCACCGGGCAACCGAUCGCGCGACCGUGCGCUAAUCGCGGGCCAAACCCUGGCAAAACAAACACCGCCCCCCACCAACCACCCCACCACCACCCCACACAGAGAACAAUGUCUCAGAAGAGCCAGAAGCGCACCAACCGGGGCGAGAACGAUGGGCCGCCCCCGAUCAAGAAGCGCAAGGGGCGGCCCCCGGUCUCGUCGUCCGGGCUGGAGGACGACAAGGACUCGCCCGCAUCGAACGGUGGCGGCGGCGGCGGUGGCGGCGGCAGUACCGCGGGCACUAGUGCCGGCUCGAGUAGCGGCGGCGGAGCAGGAGCAGGAGGAGGAGCUCCGACGACACCGACGAAAAAUUGGCAGCCGCGCUCGGUCAUCGACUGCAAAAUGUCGAGCAUCUACAAUCGCACCGCGCCCGAAGCGCCGGCAGAACUGUUCAGGAAGGACCUUAUCAGUGCCAUGAAGCUGCCGGACUCGGAGCCGCUCGCACCGGACGAGUAUUGGGUCAUCAACGACCAGUGGAAGCAGGAAUGGGAGCGGGGUGUGCAGGUGCCCGUCAAUCCCGAUUCGCUGCCCGAACCGUCCGUCGCUACGCUGCAGGAGAGCUACUUCAAGAAGCGGCAUGAUUUCAAGCUACCGAAAAACAAAUACAUUCGGAUAACGAAGGACGAAAACUUUACCCAUGACCAGCACUAUCUCUCGAACACGCCCGCCAUCGCGGAGAACGUGUGCUACUACGAUCUGGACCAGAUCGAUGCGGCCUGGCUGAAGGUGCUGAACGGGGAGCGCAACCUGGCCGGCUUGGUGCCGGUAACCGACGAGCAGUUCGAGCGCGUAAUCGAGGAGCUGGAGGGCCGAUGCUUGGAUAAGAUCCAGGCAAUCAUGAAAACGGAGGAAGGGCUCGGAAUUGAGUACGACGAGAAUGUCAUUUGCGACGUGUGCCGCUCGCCGGACUCGGAGGAAGCGAAUGAAAUGGUGUUCUGUGAUAACUGCAAUAUUUGCGUACACCAAGCGUGUUAUGGAAUAACAAAUAUACCAUCUGGUCAAUGGUUAUGUAGGACGUGCUCGAUGGGCCAGAAGCCGAAGUGCGUGCUGUGUCCGAACAUGGGCGGGGCGAUGAAGUCGACGCGCUCGGGGCAGAAGUGGGCGCACGUGUCGUGCGCGCUCUGGAUCCCGGAGGUGAGCAUCGGGUCGGUCGAUCGCAUGGAGCCGAUCACGAAGAUCUCCAACAUCCCGUCGAGCCGGUGGGCGCUGGUGUGCGCGCUGUGCCGCGAGCGGGUCGGUGCCUGCAUCCAGUGCUCGGUGAAGACGUGCAAAACGGCCUACCACGUGACGUGCGCGUUUCAGCACGGGCUGGAGAUGCGCGCCAUCAUCGAGGACGAGAAUGCGGAGGACGGGGUGAAGCUGCGGUCCUACUGCCAGAAGCACGGCGAGAACAAGGGCAAGCGGGACAACAGCCGGAACAACACGAAGAGCGCGACCGGUUCGGGCGUGAGCGAGGACGAGACGGGCAAUGCCGGCGCCGGUACGAACGCCGCGAGCGGAGGGGGAGGUGGCGGCGCGGGUACCGGCAGCGGCGGCAACACUGGCGGCGAUGUGAAGCGGCGCAAGCGGAAAGACAUGACGUCGGAGGAGCGGAAUUUGGCCCGCGCCGCCCGCCAGCAGGAGAUCGAGGCCGAGUUCGACAAGCACGUGAGCGUGAAGGACAUCAGCUGCCAUCUGCUGGACGUGGACCAGGAGGGUAUAUACCAUAUCUACAACUACUGGAUACUGAAGCGCAAGGCGGGUCACAACCGGCCGCUCCUGCCGCCCAAAACGGACGAGGUGGACCCGAACGCACAAAACCAGGAGCAGGCGGAGAUCGAGAAGAUGAAGACGUUCGUGCACCUGCGGCAAGAUCUGGAGCGGGUGCGCAACCUGUGCUACAUGGUGAGCAGGCGAGAGAAGCUGAGCCGAUCGUUCUUUCGCAUGCGCGAGCAGACGUUCAACAAGCAGGUGGCCGCGCUUACCGCCUUCCGGAGCGGUAGCGGCGGUGCCGGCGAGGGCGCUACAAACCAUCAGCGGAGCGGGUCGCUGCUGUCGCACGUCGAUCCGACGAUGCUGGAGGCGAUACUGCACGCGAACCAUGGCCCUACGAUAUAUGAUAGACUUUACUCGUGUAAUUCCGUUAGUAGUACAAUGCCGACCCUGGACGAGAUGGUGGUGCGCAUCGUUUCGGGUGUAAAUAGUAGCAAUAGUGGUAUUAGUAUCAGUGGCAGCAGGGACGGGAAGAAGGCGACGGCGGCGGCGUCGUCGGCCGCGGCGGCUGCGGCAACGGCGGUUGCGUCAGCGGCGGCGGCGGCGGCAGCAAGUGCUAGUGCAACCGUUGGUCAUAAUGGCAGUGCGGGUAGCAGUAGCAGCAGCAGCAGUGGCAGCUACAGCAGCAGUAGCAGCAGCAGCAGCGGAAGUAGUAGCAGUAGCAGCAGUAGCAGCAGCAGCAGUAGCAGCACUCCCGCCAACAAACAAACGUCAAAGGCGGUCAGCAAAAAGCAGGCCGAACCGCUGCUCAUUCACGAGCAGCAGCCGGGCAAGAAGCUCGCGGGCGAUGUGAACGGUGUGCGGCAGCAGCAGUCCGUCGGAGGCAAUCAGCGUACCAAAAACCAGCUCGCCGCAGCCAAGCGGCAGCAGCCUCCGUACAUCAAUGGCACGGCGGGGAGGCGUAGCACGAGCAACAGCUCCGCGUCCGAGAUGGAAAACGACGACGACGACGACGACGACGGAACGCAGCGCGCGGACAAAACGAACACCAAGAAGAAGCCCCGCCAAACGAAGGUCGUGGAGCGGAAGCGGCGGAAAGCAGCGUCCACCGCGGGGGCAGCAAUCACUUCGUCGGCAGAAAAGUCCAGCGCCCGGAGCAUCGACGAUAGCUCGAGCGACGAGGAGCGGCCCGAGUCGCGGCUUCGACCGUCCAGCGAACGAUCCGGGACCGGUGGAGCGGCAAAACUCGCAAAAGCCGGUGCUGGUGGUGCUGCUGGAGCGGAUAAAAUGGCCACCACCACCACCGCCGCAGCCGGAAGUGGCCGUGCGGCGGGGCAUGCGAAAAAGGACUUCCGCAAUCAGUCGCUGCGGCAGAUGGAGCGCGAACUGGCCGACGAUCGGCGCGCAAUGCAUUUAACCGACGAUGACGAUUCCAACGACAGCGACGAGCUGAUGCAUAUACGGCCCGGCAGUGGCGGUACCGCUGGACGCAGCGGUACAGCGGCCAGCGCGACCAGUGCAGCCGGAAGCGGCGGUGGUAGCGUGCCGAGCGCUCGGGGGAAGAAAAUCCCCGACAUCUACUCGGACAGUGAUAGCACGGACAGGGAUAAGACGGACCACACGGCCAGUGACUCGCAGCAGCAUCCAUUCCGCACGAAGGCCGCCAUGAAGGAGUUCAACCUGCAGCAGGAGGCGGACCGAAUGAAGCAGAAAUCUCCUACGAAGGCGGGCCGAGCGACGAGUGCCGCCGCCGGUGGUGGGUCUGCCCCGGCAGCGACAAUGCCGACCGUUACCUCCAUGGCACUGCCCGUGGCUACGCCGACUUCCGCCCUGCCCGGUGCUAAAGUAUCAUCCUCCACGAAGCUAGCAACUGCUGCAACAAGCGCCUCCUCCACCGUUCUACCCGAUGCCGCCGGUUCGAAACGAUCGACCGCCAGCACGGUUGAACACGUUGCUCCUACGAGCAAGUCGGCGGCGGCCAGCAGAGCGGGCGGCAGCAGUACCAAAGAGGGUCAUACCGGUGGCACGAAGAAAAAGCAAGCACAACAGCCAACAGCGGAGAAGCCGACGGAUACGAGCGCUACCAACACCACGACGACAAGCAGUUCGAGCGGUCGGUCGGGAGCGUCGACGAACAGUAGCAGCACCGGGGCGGCAUCCUCGAAGAAGAUGGAGUUCUUGGCCGACUUUAUGGUGGUACCGCAGCGUGAGGCAGCUAAAAAGGCGGCAGAGAAUAUGAUGAAAACAAGCAGCGGAACCAUCGUCAGCUCAGCGUCCACUGGUGGGUCUGCGUCGGCCGCCGUUGCAAGCGUUGCGAGCAUGAACUCCUCCUCCACUGCUACGUCGGCCAGUGCGGCGCUAAUCAGUGCCGGCGCGGCAAGUAGAAAGCAGGUGCCGGUGGUUGAUCGUGAAGCCGGUAGUAGCAGUAGCAGCAGCAGUAGCAGCAGCAGCAGUACCAGCAGCAGCAGCAGCAACAGCAGCAGCGAGGGCAGCGCUUCGACAGUCAGUGUGGUGGGCACCGGCAGCACGAAGGUUGACGGCGGUGGUGAUGCCGAUCUUGUGCCGCCGGAAGGUGUGAGCAGUAGUAGUAGCGCAAACAAUCAGCAAAAAUCUUCCAUCGUAAGCAAUACUAGCGGUAGCGGCGUGGGUAGCGGUAGCAAUCGCAAUCGAAAGGAGGCGGAACCGAAGGUGGGCGCGACGGCUGCCAGUGCGAGUGGGAAAGCGAACAAGCGCUCCACUGGUGCAGGUGCUACGAACAGCAAAGCCAACAAGCCGAAAGAACCGGCGGCUGACAGUGUCGCGCCGAAGGUGGACGCUAAAAGCUCGUCGUCCGCUGCAGCUGCAGCUCGUAACAAAUCCAAAGAACGAUCUACGGGGACGGACAAACCGCUUAGCGGAACUGCAAGCUCGACGGCUGCUGCUGCUGCUCGGUCGACGGCGACCAAAGAGCAGCAAAAGGCAAAAGAUCGGCUCGCGGACAAUGCGUCCCCGGUUCCCGUGUCGGCGGAGAAAGCGACCGUCGAGAAGGGCAAACCGGCUAAGGAGGCGAAACAGAAGCGCGAAGCACAGCCCGAGAUUUUCGCCUACGUACCGCAGCGGCAGGCGGCAAAGAAGGCUGCCGAACACAUCAAGAGUGGUCUUGGCAAGCCGUCCGGGACAGAACAGACUGCUGUUAGCGACGAAAAGCUACCGAUGGUCACGCCGACGCCAGUGGCACCGUCCAAAGCAAGCGCGGGCACGAAAGCGGCCGCCAGCAAAGCGAAGGACGACCGCAAGUCCAACGCGGCGGCAGGUUCAAGCUCUUCCAAUAGCUCCAGCUCGUCUGGCGGCAGUAGCUCGUCGUCGUGCUCCAGCUCGAGCAGCUCUGGUUCGGAAAGCGAAGACGAUGACGACGAGGAGGAGGAGGAGAAGAAGAAGAAGGACGAGGCCACAACCGGCCCGGCGGGCAAAAAGCCGGCGACAGCCAGUAGCCGCUCAAAGGCAACGACGGCAGCAGCGCCGUCGGCCAAAGCGAAGCAACCGCCGCAGCCAGCCCAGCGGACGGUCAGGCAGGAGGUGUUGCCCUUUCUUGACAAGGGUCCAGCACGGUCCGUGUCCGAAUCGUCGAGCUCGUCCUCGUCGUCGUCCUCGUCGGGAUCCUCGUCCGACAGCGACAGUGACUCGAGCAGCAGCAACCAGAGCAGCCAGGAGGAAGCGAACGACACUUCGGUGGUGCCGCCUACGCCGGCAGCGAGUGGCGCGGCGGGUCGUAACAGAAGAAAGUCAGUAUCCGCCGCGGUUAAGCAGCAGGAUGCCGUCAGUCCCAAGAAGCCAACGGUCGCACCGGGCACUAACAACAACCGAAAGGGGCCAGCCGCCAGUGGGAGAAAAUCUUCUACCACCACCACCGCCAGCAGCAGCCUGUCCGACGCCGAAGACGCAAAGGAUCUGCCUUCCACCGCCGCCGGCAGCAAACAAACCGCUGCUAAAGUGGGCAAGGAAACGACAAAUCGUAGCGGUAAAGAGAAGCAAGAGAAGCCCGCCAAAGGCAACGAUGAAGAGUCUUCCGUUCCUGUUGCUGAUAUUACUGGCCCGGUUGGAGCUGAGAAAUCGAUCACAAAUCGUCGAAACUCGUACCAACCGGCAGCAGCAUCGCUGUUGCCCAACGAAACCCCACUCAAACGGGGUGGCCGCCGUCAGUCCGUGUUUGUUAGUGCGGGCGAUUUAGAGGAGAAGCAAAGGAAAUCGUCCCUUGUGCCACCGGAUGUACCGAGCAAUCGUAACGCUAGUCGCAGAAAGGCUAGCGAACAGGCGGAGACUGAGAAGCAGGACGAUUCGCAUGCGGAAGCGAAGAAAUCGGCCAAGAAGACCGAUACUGCUGACGCCGCUGUGGAAAAGGAGGCAGUCCUCGAGGAUACGAUAUCUUCGAAGCGUCCUCUUGGCGACGAACAGCAAUCGCCAGUGGCACGGAAGCGCCGCAGUCCAAAGCUGUCGACCGAAGCGGAAACUGUCGCCAGUCCUUCCGUCGGUGCGACCGAGGCUAAAGAACCGCUCAAACCACCACCGACCGAAGCAGAGGGCAAGGAAGCACAAAAGGAGUUGGAGAACAAGAGCCUUGGUUCGUCGGUUGCUGGCAGCGAUGCGAUAUCUUUGCUCACCGACGAAGAUUCAGCCGAUCAGCGCAAAGUUAAGGAACAGAUACUGGCAGCAACACCCACAAAAGCGGAUGCUGAUCAGGUGUCACCUUCUUUGGAGGGAGGUAGUAGUACUGUGGUGGCGAAAGAAGAGGAAAGCAAGCCAACGAAGAGCAUGGAGAUUAUCUCUCUGGUGGAUGAUUCACGUUCCAACGACGAUGUCGUGGUUAUCGAGGACGCCAGCAACGAAGCGAAGGUUGUUGAUCAAAAGCCUCCCGACAUUGCUAGUGCUGCGGUUGCCGCUGGGGAACAGAAGGUGGAAGGAGGUGAAGCGAAGAACAUCCCUGCGGUGAGUGUACUCGAUGCAAAACCGUCCCUGGACAGUGCGGGUGUACUGAAGGAUUCGCAGCCAUCGCAGGUCGUUGUGAAGGAGGACGAGCAGAGCAAGAAGAAUACGAUUCCGGUCGAAACGCCUGCGCUCCCAACGGCCACCGCACAGCCGACGCCGUUCGAUAAUGCUGCCGCGCUGCAGUUGAACAGCAGUAACAGCGGUGGUGCACCCUUCGAAACCACGUCCGGCGUGUGUGACGGAAGUGCAUUCGGGUCAUCGAUACAAGCCGCUGGCAAUAACAACGCUUCGAAGGAUGACGGUGGUAGCGGGGCGGCGAGCGGUGGCGGACUGCUGGGUAAUAGUGAUGGUGGUACACCGUCCAUCUUCGACCUGCUGUUGCCGCAGGACAGCUCCGUAACGGAUGACACGUUCGAGCUGAACCAGUCGCUCAACUUUCCCUUUAUGGAGGAUUGCAAAGAGGACACGCAGCGGGAAACGCUCAACCUGGUCGAGAAGCUGCGGCAGAAGUACAAGAAGUCCCACGGAACGGCCAACACGAAUGCGGCCACCGGCACACCGCUCGGCAGUGAUGCGAUGAAGGCGAUGAACGACGUCGGUGCGGCGGACGGUAAAAAGGACAGCGAUAUGAUGAUGCUGGACAGCGUGGUCGCGGCGCAGGUUACACCUACCACGACUCAGGCCCCCCUGCUGGUGGCCGACUUUGUGACGGAGCGCUCGAAGCAGGACGGCCUUCCGCUGGAAUCAUCCAUCGGCGACACACUGCUCGGCGGCAAGGACAAGCUGCAGCCCGACCUACAGUACGGUGGUGCGUUCAACAAGUUCCACCCGGCUGGCGGUCCGGCGGCCGGAAGUCCGCUGGAUCAGCUGUCCUCACCGAUGACGGCGGCGGCGGGUCCCGGUGGUAUGCAGCCUGCCGUGCAGCAACCAACGCAACAGCAACCGCCAACCAAUCAGCUGCAAGCGCUCAGCCAGCAAUCGCAGUCACAGCUGGGCAGCAAGAGCGCGAAGGAGGACCAUCUCGACCAUCUCGCGUCCAGACCGUCGGACGAGCGCUGGGUACCUCCAUCAGCGGUACCGUCGGCGGCGGUGUCGACGGCCGCCGCGUCCAUGCUGCACCAUGCGCUGCCCACCUCCGUUGGCAGCUCGAUGGCAGCAGCGGCAACCUCGGGCGUGCUCGGUGGCAACACCGUUUCGACGGCGCAGCUCGCUCAGAACUGCAUGGAAGCAGCCCGCCUGCUUAACAGCCACCAGACGAACAACAACAACAACGUCAGCGCACUGGACAGCGAGAAGACGCACGGUGCGGCGGGACCGGCUACCGGGGGCGGACUGUUCGAUGGCGGUGCUAUGACGAACCAUCUGCAUCCGUCGAUGCAGCAGCAGCUUGGCAGCAGCAACGAUCUGAACCAUCAUCACCACCAUCACCAGCAGCAACAGCAGCAGCAGCAUCAACAGCAACAACAACCGCACCAUCACAUGCACAAUCCACUCUCUGGGCUGGACUUUAUGCAGGGCAUGAAGGUUCCGAACCAGAACGAAGCUACCUCAAUGAUGCUGUUUGACAAUAUGCAGCAGCGCCAGCAUCCCUCGCCGCAGCAACCGGUCGGUAGACGGGGCUGGAAUCAAGCGAACGAUGGGCUGAACUCGAUCGAGCAGCAGCAGAAGAAGCAGCACGAAUGUGCUGUAAUGCAGGAGAAGGAGAAUCUGCUGCUGCAGAAACAGCAGCAGCAGCAGCAGCAGCAGCAACAGCAGCAGCAGAUGGCAAACAAUAGCCAUCGCAAGCUGAACGAUCUGAACAGCUUCAUGGAUAUUCAGAACACUCCGUCGAUGGUGAAUCAGCAGCAGCAGCAGUCCGGCGGAGCGCCCUCCAUCAACAACAGCAACACGCAGGGCACGCCGAACAGUGUCAACCCGAUGCAGCAACAGCAACAACCGUACGGUUUUGCGGCCAACGAUCCCCAUUCCGCCCAUCACCAGCAGCAGCAGCAGCAGCAGCAACACUACCCCGGCGCAGUUUCACUAUUCCCGCCGGCGAGUGUUCCGGUGCCGUUUCCUUCACCCGGUGCCGGGCUAUAUCCGCCCAACUUCGGUAACGCCGGCUAUCAGCAACCGACGCCACCGCAGACGACCGUCCCGGGUGGCGGAAAGCCGCAUCAACAUCAGCACCAUGCGCCUGGCGGUGGCCUCGGAGUCGGUGUGCCGACGAUGGCACACCACGGCAUGGGGUUGGGCGAUGCAAUGGUAUCGCCGCAUCGUGGCGCUGGCGCUCAGGCAGCGGGUGGCGCCCAGCAGCAGAAGCAGUUGGACCAGAUGUCUUCCCCACUGUCCGGGAUGGCCGUUUCUCCCAACAAACAGCAGCAGCAGCAGCAGCAGCAGCAACAGAGUCGACAGCCAACGCCCACCGACCAGCAGCAAAACAGUUACCUGCUCAACAGUAGUGGCGGCAAUGGUGGUGGUACUAGCAGUGGAGGCAGCACACCGCGCACUCCGCAGCAUCGACGCACACCGCAGCGGCACAAUCAUCAGCUGCCGCCGGGACACCAGCCCGAUGUGGCCGGGAUGGACAUGCUGGUCGGAGUCGGUGGCCACUCGUCUUCGAAGAAAAGCCCAACCAAGUCGUCCCGCUCGUCGUCGCGCAUCCAGAACCAGCAGCAGCAACAACAGCAGCAACCUCCUCCGCCACCGCCCCACCUGCAGCAACUGCAUCCGGCGCACCACCAUCACCAUCCGCUGCUCAUGAGCGACAGCAACGGUGCGAGCGCGCUGGCCGGAAUGGUGCAUCCAUUGAGCCACCAGCUGAAAUCUCCACCGUCGGUGACGGCCGCCGGCGCGAAGUCGCUCAGCCCGGGCAAAAGCCCGAAGACAGCGGCGGCCGCCGUGUCCGCCUCGGUGUACGAGAUGCAGAAAGCGAUCGGUGGCGGUGGCGGCCUGGUUCCGCCACCAAUGUCGUCGGGCGCUAGCGGCAAAGGGUCGAAGGGCGGCGAGACGACGGCCGGUAAGCCGGGGCGGGGUCGUGGCCGAGGCCGUGGCAGACCGCCCGGCUCGGGACGGCAAGCGCAGGCGGCGAGAGAAGCGGCUGCAGCGGCCGCUCUGGCUAGUGGCGUUGGUGGCGCCGGCGCCGGUAUGGGACGCGGUGGUUCCAACAGUCGGCAGCAGCACACGCACGGUUCGAGCUACCAUAUGGGACAGCUGGGACCGGGGUCCGAUUUCGGGUGCUUCGGCAGCGGCACGAUACACAGCAAGAUCAUCGGCACGGUGUACGAUCUGGACUUUGACGAGGUGAUUGACUGUGGCAAACUGCGCGAUAUGCGCGACCGGCGCCGUUCGACCGAUGGCCGGUCGGCGGAUCUGUCGGGCGCGAACGUUGGAGCGGGCGGCGGUGCUGGCCAGGGUGGAUCGGGCGGUGUGGCCGGCGGUCCGGAUGCAAAGUCGAGCCGUGGCAACAGUGGCAGCGGCCCGAAUGCGGGCUCCGGCGCUGGAACGGGCGGCAAUGCGAACAGCGCGUACGGCGCAACAGCCACCAGCGUGGCCGCUAGUUCGCUGCCCGAUAUGGCCGUACUACCCGGCCCGGUGGACAUGCGCACGUACAACAGUGGCUUCGAUUCGUCCAGCAACACGGACGCGUACAACAAUCAGCUGCUGGGCGUGUUUGCUAGCGGUACGGCCGAUCAAACGCUGGCCGACAUCGACGAGGACAUGGAGAACGAGCUGCAGUCGGCACUGAAGGCCGACACGGCGAGUAAUCGGUCGGCGGCAGCAGCUGCUGCGUCGCUUGCGCAAACGAACGUCACGACGAACAGCACAGUCAGCACCGGGUCGGCCUCCUUGCUGGCCGCUGUCACAGCGACCGGCAACAGCCAGAGCAGCAAUAGCAGCAGUAGCGUCACAUCCGAUUCGAACGCAGCCAACAGUCAGCUGAAGGCAGCAGGAUCCAUGCCAGCGGGUGCCCCGUACGUUCCCUCCGGUACGCCACCGGAGACUGCGGCCGCAUUACCGGCAGCAGUGCUGAACGAAGAGCCAAUGAUCGAGCAGCCACAGGAUGAAACGAACGAUUCGGACAGCUUGCAGCCGCUUGCGCCAACGCAACAGCAGCAGCAGCCGCUGCUGCACAAGAUGUCGUCGCUGGCGGACUCGCGCAAUAUCAUGAAGCUAAAGAUAAAGGGACCGUUGGCGCAGCUGGACAGCAGUGGAGCUUAUGGUGGCGGUGCCGGUUCGUCCGCCGCGUCUGCGGCAGCAUCGCAACUGCAGCAUCCAUCCAUCGGCAUGGCGUCGUCCAUGGGCGUGCAGAUGGGUCCGGGCGGUAGCGGUGGGGUCGGUGCCAGUGGCGUCGGUGGUGUCGCGGGCAAUGUCGCUGGCAUGGCCGUGGCUGGCGGGGCCGGCGGCUCGUCGAACUUGCGGCGCAUGCGCAAGAAGGAGCUGCUGCGCCAGUACUGGAAUCAGGACAUGAACCAGGACGACCCGCAGGCCGUGCUGCAAUCGGCGGACCAUCAUCAUCUGCACCAUCAUCAUCAUCAUCAUGCGCAGGGAAUGUCGAUGGGUGGAACCGGGCAUGGCAAUCGCACUACGGUCGGUUUCCCGAAGGCGGUGGAAUCGCUGGGCACGAUGCCGACCAAGGACGACUACAAGGAGUAUGGUGGCAUCCACCGGAAGAAGCUGUCGUCGAACAUGUCGCGUGAGCUGCGCCAGCUGGCAUCGGUACCGCAGGCUGCCUCCGAGCAUCACGAACUCAUGCUGGCCGAGCGAAGGCGUAGCGUGAGCGGUUCGGUCGGAGCAGUCCUGCCGGGAGCGUCGGGCGUUGCCGGUCCGAACGGAUCGGCCAUGAACCUGUCGAUGGACGAUGUCAGCGGCGUUGGUUUGGGCGGCGGUGCCGGCGUGGUUGGAGCCGGUGGUGGUGUCGGCAGCGGUGCCGGCGGCAAGCGACGAUCGCGCAACAACCGGGCGAAUGCGACGGCCACCGUAACUGCCGUCAGUCAGCAGACACCACAGCAGGCACCGAAGCUCAAGAUCAAGCUCGGUUCGGGCGGCAUGGAUGGUGGCGCGUACGGUAUGGGAUCGAUGAGUGCCGGGCCGAGCGCAAGCAGCAGCUUGCGGCCGCCGAAGAAGCGCAUGCUGGGCAGUGUGCCGCCCCCGAGCCUGGAGGAUCUGAAGCGCGAGUACAUGAUGUACGCGGAAAACAUAAGCUUCGAGGACGAUGGGCCGGGCGGUGCGGCUGACGAGGACACGCUCGGUGCUGCCGGUGGUGAUACUGGCGACGACGAACCGAAGGCUAAGAAGCACAAGCACAAGGACAAGGAUCGGGAGCGUGAUCGCAGCGGCAGUGAGCACAAGAAGCGCAAAAAGGAGAAAAAGCACAAGCGCGACAAGGGCGAAAAGAAGAAGGUUGAGAUCAUCUGCAACGCGGCAGUGUCGGUGGCCGGCAACGGGGACGACCAGGCGCAGCAACCUCCGCCGCGGAUAGUGAUUCGGUUGGGCGUGAAGAAGCCGGCGCCAUCGGAAGAGCCGCACGCCCCCUCACCCCAGUCGCAGGUGGGUAUUGGGGGCGGCAGUAGUGGGGCCACGCAGCAAGCCUCGCCCCAGAAAACGCCCGUCACUGAUGAGCGAGCGGCAACGAGGAGCAGCGGUUGCAGCUCCUCGCCCGAGACGGAUCCACUGGUGAUCGACCUGGCGGCCAUACACAACACCAACAGCCGGGGCCAAUCGCUGCAACCGUCGCCCGAGAUGGACCAUCGCACGGCGGCGGCACAGGCCGCGCCAGCAGAGAAGCCGCUCAUCACGCCCAUCCGGCUGAAGCUGGCGCGCAACUCGGCCGGCGGUGGCUACGUGAUGACGUCGAAGCAGAACGCCGCCCACCAGCAACAGUCGUCCUGCGGCGGUGCGUCCGACUAUGAUUCCGGUUUGGGCGACAGACCGAACCCUGCCUCGGCGCACACGGCGAGCAGCAACGCGUCCUCACCGGCGAUCGACACCGAGCGGAUGGCCAGACAGCCUCCGCCCCCGAGCUAUGCGGCCGGUUCGGUAGACCUAACCACGUCGUCCGCGGCGGAAGCAGCGGCAGCCACUUCGAGCAAGAACAUGAUCGAACGGUUGCUUACAGCCGCCAACCUGGCGGACAGCUCACCCAACGCGUUCGAGCGUGCGAUGGGCUUUGCAGCGGCCGUAGCCGCUUCAUCGAACGGUGGUGCCGGAUUGGGAGGCAUGGGACAGCAUCACCAGAGUGGUAACCCGAGCGGCAGUAUCGGUGGCGGCGUUGGUACCGGAUUUGCAGCACUCUACGGCAUGUCGGCGAUGGGCAAGGCAAGCACUACGAGCAGCAGCAACAGCAGCAGCAACACCACCAUGUCGUCCAGCAACAACACGUCCAUGUCGUUCAAGAGCUUGCUGGACUUUGCGGCGAAUACGAACACCAAUUUCAGCACGUCCUCUACUGCAGGGUUAUUCGGUUCCGCCACGGCGCACCAUCAACACCACCAGCAGCAACAGGUACCGUUGUCCAUGAAUCAAUCCGCAAUGCUACCGUUAGGGCUCGUACCACCAUCUCAACAGCAGCAACAGCACCUGCAUCAGCACCAGCAACAUCAGCAGCUAGUAGCGGGACUGCAAUCAAUAGUACCGACGUCCAACAGUACCGGCCCCAGUAACAACAGUAGUAGUAGUAGUAGUAGUAGUAGCAACAACAGCAGCAACACUCAGCAGCAAGCAAACACGCCCGCUAACAGUGCGGCGAAAAAGGACUGCGAGGUGCGAUGACAGUACAUGCUCUAGAAGGUGGCCUAAUCGUAGUCGUGAACACUUGUUGCUGCACCACUACGCAUUCAGGGUAGCCUUCGCCACUUGGCGCUGGGAUCUGUUACUGCUGCUGCUUUACACGGCGGCUAACUUUCCUGCAAAUAGGUGAUAGGUUUUUUUUUUCGCAAUACUUGGUUUUUUUAUCGUGCAAUCGCAAAAACACACACACAGACACUACAAAGUAGAAAGCUUUACUAUCUGUUGAAAAUUAUUUCACCAGAUACAUUCUAAAUACUUGCUUAUAAGAUUAUAACGUCCACAUACAUUCAAUCGCGCAGACUGAUUAUCGUGAUUUUUGUUUUGUUUUUUGAAACGAUGGUUGCAAUCUAUUUUUGGGGAUUGGCACCGUUUGCUGCAACAAGUAUUAUCUUUUGUUAUAACUUUCAAUCGUGCAAAUCAUACAUAAUUGUGUACUUUUACAAUAUUUUUGAUACUUUUUAACUUCUUUAUAUUUUUGACUCCAUUUUUUCACGUUCACCGCAGUAAGAAUGAACCCUUUUUUUUUUAAACGCAACUGUUUAUCGAUACACCUCUCGUGUCCUUCAAUGUUUUGUUAAGUUGUUUGGUGCUGCUAGUUGCAGUACAGUUGUUUGCUGCUAUCGUCGCUCCUGGCUGUGUACACAAAGGCCGUGUUAAUAUUGUGCAAAAAAAGGCUCCGCAAACGGUCUAGAUCCAUGAACGUGCGUGUGCGUACUAUGCGUGAAAGCAAAGCAAAGAGAGAAGCGGGCUGGCAAGGAAAAAAGGGGCAGAAGGGGCUAAACAAGAUAUUUAAUUGUUACGAAAAACUCAACUGUACAGUAUAAAAUUGUAAAACAUUUGUAGCGCAUAGUUUAAAUUAAUUUAAUCGCUUUAACUUAUCCUUUUCGCGGGUGGGCAGUGGAAAAGAAGUAUAGCAAGAGAGAGAGAGAGACAGAGAGAGAAAUAGAGUGCUGUGCUGAGUGGAUAGUGAAUGUGCUGAAUGGUGCGGUAUGUGUGUUUGUGUGUGUGUGUGUGGAGGGUGUAGGGCGCGUAAGGGCAGUUAUGCAGUAUGCAAAUGAACCUGUAACAGAAGGUUUAGACGAUGGCGCUGGCAAGCAGGCAGGCAGGCUGUGUAUGGGUAUGCGCAUCGCGUUGCAAUUUUGAGUUGUUUUUUUCUUCUUCUGCUGCCAAUGGUAGAACACAACGGGCAGGCAAAUACAAACAAAAAGUUAUCGAACAUUCAGCAGGACAAAUCCAUCAAAAGUGCAUUAUUUUUCUUUGAAUUGAUUACACUUUUCUUUUUUGGAUGACAUACAGGGUUUUCCCCAGGAGUUCUCAUAGCUGUGGGACACUUCCUUGACUCUUUCAUAUAGGAAAUAAUUGUAAUGGAAAUUGGGCUCUAUAGCACCCCUGUUGGAGAAAUCCUGAGAAUUUCCUGUUGAGCCUGUCCAAACAGGGUGCCAUAGAGUCCAAUUUCCAACAUAUGAAGUUCACUUCCUAUUAGAAAGAGUCAAGGAAAUGUCCCACAACUAUGAGAACCUCUGAAACCCUGUUAUCUAAUUAGUUUGUUAAAUUUGUAGAUGUGCAUGUUGCAGUCGAAUUUCAAACAAACUUUUUUCAUUUUUUUAUUACGAUCGCGUGCAAUUACAGUCGUGUAAAACAGAUAAUAGUGUGAAGGAAAUUCUAAACAAAAGGGUAUACAAAUUCAAUCAGUUAUGCGUGUGUGUGAGUGCGCCUGUCGGUAGGAUUAAGCUUUCCAAUGGUGGAAAUUUGUCAAUUAGUACCCUGAUCCCCAUCCCUUACGCUGCGGAUGAUAAUCAUUGUAUCGAUUGAGAAGUGUGCGCCAUUACGAGAAAAUAGUCACACUCUAACAGGCACCGCGCAACAAACUCUUCAAACCAUCUUAUAAACGUCUCAUAAACAAAGCAAGGAAAAGCGAUGGGAAAUGUGUGCAGUAAACGGUUUAGUUUAGUGAAAAAAUCACCGAAUGGUAUUAGUAUGGGCUGUAGAACGUAUAGGAAAGGCGGCGCCGCGACACAUGGCGAACGGAACUCAGUCAGUGCUGCUGCUACACCAGACAGGGCAUCGGAAUAAGCUUUUGAGUGUACAUAUUUUUAAAACAAAUUACAACAAAAUAAAAACGAUGCUUUUGAACCGUUUCAAAUUAUUCAAAACGGAGAGAACACACACGUUGACGAAGCGUAACUAAAAACCGCCACCACCACCACCACGUGAGAUCAUUUCUUCGUGAUCGAUUAAUUUCCCUUCUUGCAAACAAGUACAAUGAUUUUCGUUAUCCUUCGGGGAAGGAUUAUUCAGGGCUAUUAUUGGUAUUCUUUUCAUUGGUUUUCUGUUUUUUUGUUGUGAGAAUUGGAUUUUGCACUUGAAUGUUUAUUAUCAUUAUCACGAAGGUAAAUUUUAGUUACAGCUGCUUUUUUGUGUACAGAAUUAGAUUCUAUUGCUUGUUUUUUAUAUUAUCCAUUUUGUCACAACUCAUCACAAAUUAGCGCUAGAAAAAUGCAUAAUUAGGCAAACGUGUCUUAUUUUGAUGAAACUCCGUUUAGAGAACUACAAAAUGCCACAACACGUACACCACACCUGCCAAAAUCGCCACAAACAAACAAACAAACAAAAAACGAUGCAAAACAUGGGGUUGAAAUUGUAAAAAUAAAAAUAAUACUGUACAGAAUGCCAAACAAGCCAGAGGUCAGAAUAUAAACACAGAAGUUCUCCUUAACAAAUCACACAAUUAUCCCAGUCGAAUUGAAAAUGUACAACAAAGCAGUAAUGGUUAUCUUUUUGUUUGGUAUUUUAAUUGAAGAUAAAUUACUAAUAAUACAAAGAAACACACAAACACACAUGCGCGUACUUUGAAACAACAACAAAAAAAAAGUUGGAUAGCAAAAAAGAAAACCGUUAGAUUUGGAUAAGUGGGCGGACGGACAGAGGAUCGCACAGGAGGGGGGGGGGGGGAUGUGCGAUGCGGUGCAUCUGUUCUGUUCUCUGUUUUAAAAUCGUUAUUAAUCUUUACACAGCAAGGUAGAAAGACACGGUCCGGCAUCGGGUUUGCGAACAAACAAAUCCCUCUCUUGCAAGCACAGCAGAAGCACACGCACAGAAAGGAAACGUUUAAGCGAAUAAAACGAUUAUUUUCCACUGCAAGUAUGAAGAUUGAUGGUGGCAUCCGGUUUUUUUUUUUUGUAACGUUUUUCACCACAGGCGGCUCCACCGAACCACGUGCGUUUGCGCGUGCGUAGAUUGUUUUGCGCGUUGCCAUGCAACCGUGCCCCAUGCCAUGCCAUGCUCGGUGGAUCGGUGGAACCUUGACGGGACGGUGAACGGGAGCGCGAGCAAAAAAAAGGGGUUUUAUUGUGUCAAAAAAGAAAGGGAAGUGAAGCAAAAGUUAUUUAAUUUAUUUAUGUAAAGCAAAUCGUAGGAUUAGACUAAAAGCAGAUGGGAGCCGUGUAGGUAGUGGGUGGCGUAUACAUAAUGCUUACUAUAUAUAUAUACAUACAUAUAGAUAUUCCUAGACAUACUACCUAACUAUAUUCAGGGCGAUGUGUCUCAAAUGGAUGGAAACGGAAACACAGAAUAAAACACGCUCCAAAACCACCACCACGUGAUUGGUGGGGUGGGUCUUCCCACACAACAGCACCGCCUGGUGGUGGUGGUGGAGUACGAGAAGAACGAAAUACACGCGUGUAUUUGAAGUUUGUAAAAAGUGUCUAGCAUAACCGAAUUAAAAGUAGCAAUCGCUUCAGUUUUCUACCACCAGGAAAGGGGCACUGGCACAGGCAGUCAGGGAAGAACCAUGUAAAAAAAGGAAAUCGUGCAACAAAAAUGCUCCACAUCUCCUAAACAAACCUAAAACAACCCAACCCAAUUAGCCAUGUAAGGUCUACUAGAAAAAUGGAACAUUCCCGUUCAAAAUGAAAGAAAGAAAGAGAUAGAGAAAGAGAUAAAGAGCGUGGUGGUGGUAGCACGUGCCACAGGACAAGGUAAUCAGGAUAGUUGAUAACGUUAAACAAACAAACAAAACAUACCUUACCACACAAAAACAAACCGCCUAGCCUAAACAAAACGACAAACGGUUACAAAGCGGUAUGAAAAUAUUAACAGUACUGCAAACAGAGAGAAACCGACAGCCCACACACCGUUAUUUAUUUCCCACUAGUGAAAUUGACAAACAGCACCCGCGGCACAGACACGUUUUUUUCUCUGUUUUGUAACGUUUUGUUUUUGUUUUUUACGUGUAAUGAUGCGUGUGUGUGAAUGAUGGAUGAAUGGCGCCUUAUGAUCCUGUGCACAGGUGGUGCGCGCUCCCUCUACCCGCAAUCGGAACGGUGGCGCGCGGGGGCUUGGUUCACUUGGGACCAAACCCAAAGUGUGUGUGUGUGUAUAUAUAUACUAAUUAUGAUGAAAAACAAAAAGAACAAGCAAAAAGGGACAAUUUAGGGAAAAUGGAUUUGGGUAGAUGUGUGCGCGCACACGAACAGUGGAACGCGAUGCCAUUUUAGGUGGUACGUCGUCUGUCUCUGUGUAGCAAGGGGGGAUGUAGCGUGUAAAAUGUGUAUAAUGUGUCCACUUAGGCAGUAAAUAGCAUUAUCUGGUGUAAUGGUGAGAAAAAUUAGUAAGAGCGUGGCGGUUGGAGAGGGGGAGCACAUGCUCUUCUGGUGUAGUAAAAGAAACAAAACAAACGCGAGAACUGUUGUUUAGUUACAAGUAGAGCAGAGAAAGAAGGCAAACAAGUGGACGCGAUCGUCGAUUGUGUGUAAGGUUAAGAUAAACAAAUAAUUAAACAGAAAACAAAACAAAACAAAACAAACACACACAUAAGUAAAUAAAAACAAAACAACAGCACGUAAGCGCGUGUAAAAAUUAGAAGAAGAGCAAGUAAGCGAAAGGAGUGUAGUAAGAAGAACCGUUUAUUGUAGAGAAGUGGGAGAGAAAGAGCAAGAAAAGGGAAGUGGAAAAAUUGCAAUAUUUUUUAUUUUUUUAUAUUUAAUUUCACAUUUAAAAUCUCUGUAAAUUAUAGAAUUUACACAAAACAACAACAAAAUCAAUCUAAAUAAAUUAUUACACUUAAAGUACAGAAUUAAAGAAAAAUCAGAAGAAAAUGAUAAUUAAAAUAACAAAAAACAAAAAAAAAA